UAAUUAUGCGAGUGUUCGCUAUGUUUCACUCUGGACUUUUGCUCCUUGGCUAUGCGGGGGCAUUGGCCAGUCCUGUAACGGAGAGGCCUUGCUUAUACAGUUCCCCAGUAUUCACCUGUGCCACCAGCGGAAAGUGUGUCCCCCUUUAUUUUGCGUGUGACGGCGCAAAAGACUGCGCUGACGGUUCUGACGAAGCCCAGUGUGAUUUCCGGCCAUGCCCAGGCAAUUAUUUCCGUUGCUCCAAUGGACAAUACCUUCCGGAAAACUGGAAAUGUGAUUAUAAUCCAGAUUGUCCGCAAGAAGAUGAAAACCAGAACUGUCCUCCGCCCCAGUGCAGGUCUUCCGAGUUUUCUUGCAAAACAUAUUCCUGGAACUCAGCCUACUGCUUAACCAAAGAAAAACGAUGCGACGAUAGCACAUCUUGUCAUCAGGGACAAACCCUUUGUAAAUCAGGGGGUCGUUGCAUCGAUUACAGCGCUGUGUGCAACCAACAUGAUGAUUGUGGUGACGGCAGCGACGAAGAGAACUGCCGGUUUUCAGAAUGCGGUCGAGGGAAAAUACGAUACUUUAACGGUAACUGUGUGGACUUUGAGCGCAAAUGUGAUGGUGUUGUCGAUUGUCCUGACGGAUUGGACGAGCGCCAUUGUCCCGUCUGUGCAGGAACAGAUGGAAAGACUUGUGCUCAGAACAAACCGAAGACAGUUAUAGAACAGUGUCCGUCGGUUAGCGAUUUUGCAUGCGCAAACGGUCGGUGUUUUACUCGCCGAUGGGUUUGUGAUGGUGAAAACGAUUGUAUGGACAACAGUGAUGAAGUCAACUGCACUCCGCCUACCUGUACGUCCGAACAGUUUAAAUGUAGUUCGGGCAUGCAGUGUAUUCCCAAUCGUUGGAGGUGCAACGGGCACAAUGAAUGCGAUGAUUCCAGCGAUGAAAUUGGCUGUGUAAUCGGUGUAGUCCCUGCCACAUGUACUACAUCAAUCGAAUUCCGCUGCGGCAGCGACAGAUGCAUCCCGCUAUCCAGGAAGUGUGAAGGACGUAUCGAUUGUUCUGAUGGAUCGGAUGAAAACAAUUGUUUGCAUGGAGAACUUUCACAGACCACCGAUACUGAAGCUGGCCCUAAACCACUAAAAAACAAAAUUUAA